AUGAUAGCCCCAGGAGGCGCCAGCCGCCCAUUACUCCGGCGAAUGCUCUUCCAUCGCCCUCACCCAACUCGCCUCAAACGCCCAAAGAGCACUUCAAGCCCGCACCACGCCGACUCUCCCUCCAGCGAGACGCCCACUCCACGAACAAUACCCGGCCCAAUCUGGCUCUGGCUUGAGCCCCUCGCCUCCCCCUUCCACGCCUACGGGCGCAUGCAAAACCGCAGCCCCUACGUCACCCAGCUCUUCAGCACCCUGAUCAUCUACUUCUUGGGCGACCUCUCCGCUCAAUCUUUCAGCCGUCCCCAAGCCCCCGCAUCCACCUCCAGCUCCGGUUCAAAAUCCGAAGGCGCGCUGGACUGGUACGACCCCCUCCGCGCCGUCCGCGCCCUCACAAUCGGCGGCCUCGCCGCCAUACCGGGGUACCACUGGUUCCUGUGGCUAGGCAACAACUUCAACUACCGCUCCAAAAUCCUGAGUCUCGGCACGAAAGUGGUCGUAAACCAAAUAGCCUUCACGCCGCUGUUUAACUGCUACUUCUUCGCCAUGCAGAGUGCGUUGAGCGGCGCGGGGCUGAGGGAGGUGGCCGAGAGGGUGCGCAACACGGUGCCGACCAGCUGGUGGAACAGCUGGAAGGUGUGGCCCGCAGUCACGGCGUUCAGCUUUGCGUUUGUGGGCAGGGAGUUUAGGAGUAUCUUUGCGGGCGUCGUGGCGAUUGGGUGGCAGACCUAUCUGUCGAUGCUGAAUCAGAGGGCUGCGGAGGCGGAGGGAAUGGGGAAGGGGAAAGAUGUGAAGCACGUUGCGCAGCCUCGCAAGGCGGCUCGUUCGGCUGCUGCGGCGUAG